GUAAAAAACAUAUUAAUAUAAAAAUAGUAAAAAUACAAAAUGCAAUGUGCUAUGUUAAAUUGGAAUGGUGUACCUACUCAAGUGAUUACAGAAGGUCGCUGGGUAGAAGAAGGUUUUUCAAAUUAUGGAAAAAGAGAAGUAGUGAUUAUUAUUCCUGGUAAUCCUGGUCUUGCAGAAUUUUAUAAAGGAUUUAUAAAAACUGUAAAGUCAAAACUUCCUACUGAAGUACCUGUAUGGGUAAUUUCACAUGCAGGUCAUGUACAACCACCAAGCAAUUUAGCAAUUACUAUGCCAAGUAAUUCAAAUUGGACUGAAUAUUAUAGUUUAACGACACAAGUGCAACACAAGAUAGAUUUCAUAAAAAAAUAUGUACCAGAAGAUGUGAAAAUACAUCUUAUUGGACAUUCAAUAGGAUGUUGGAUUAUUUUAAACAUGUUAAAAGACGACUUCAUUGCUAAAAAAGUUACAAAAUGUUAUUUAUUAUUUCCAACCAUAGAAAAUAUGGAUAUAAGCGAUAAUGGAUGGUGGUUUACUAAAGUAGUAUCACGAAUUGCAUUUUUCUUACUUUUCUGUGCUUGGAUUAUUUCAAAUCUUCCAUAUUGUUUACAAGUUUUUAUUAUUAGUAUAGCUGGAAUAUUAUAUAGAAUUCCAUUCAAAUAUAAUAAUGUAAUACUUAAUAUGUUAAAUCCUUACUCUUUGGAAAGAAUAAUUAAAAUGGCAAGAGAAGAAAUGAUAAAAGUAAAAGAAAGAGAUGAUGAUAUAAUUUCAAAGUGUGCAAAUAAAUUAUGGUUUUAUUAUGGCAAUUGUGAUGGUUGGGUACCAAUUAAAUAUUAUAAAAAUUUGAAAUCUAAUCACCCUUAUAUUAAUGCGGAACUCUGUAAGCAUGGUUAUCAUCAUAGUUUUGUUUUACAAUAUGAUAAAGAAAUUGGAAAUAUUGUUGGUAAUUUAAUUAGUGAAAAUAUAUCAUAAUUUUAAAAUGAGAUAUUUAAUUAACUAAUUAAUAAAAUUAAUAUUUAAUAAAUAUGUAGAAAAUACAUAGAAUAAUAAAUUUUA